CCCACUCUCUUCUCCGAGCUAUUAGACACUCCCAUGCCAUACUCCUUCCUCACUUUCCCUUUAAUAAAGUGCUUCUAAAUCUACACAGAUUUACCCAAUUUUCUUUAUUUUUCUCCAAUUUCCCCUUAUUUUACGCCACAUUUUUCGAUCCACGUUGCUCUCUCUACAAUGCGCGCUCCAUUUCGAAGAAGCUGGUGAUGGAGAUCCAUGUGGUGAUUUUGUUGAGGAGAGUGGACGUGGUGUUGUUGUCGUUUUAGGAUGCAGGGAAAGAUGUAUUCCUCUGCGCCGCCGCAGCUCUCCGAUUCAAAUCGGAGGAUCAUAGAGACGAACGGUGCAUCGAAGAGGGUGUAUCAAGUGUGGAAAGGAAGCAAUAGAUUUUUCCUGGGAGGGAGGCUUAUUUUUGGACCAGAUGUGAGGUCACUGAUACUGACAAUAUUUUUAAUUGUAGUUCCAGUAGUCUUGUUUGCUGUAUUUGUUUCACAACAGCUGGUUGACGAGUUUCAUCACAACCUGGGAAAUCUGAUAGUAGUCAUAGCUGUCGUCUUCACAGCAUACAUCCUCUCUCUUCUUCUUCUCACAUCUGGUAGGGACCCUGGCAUCGUACCCCGAAAUGCUCAUCCUCCAGAACCAGAGGAUGUCGGUGAAUCCUCCAAUAUAUCUGCAGACUGGCCGGGGAGUCAGCACGGUGCUCAAAGCUUACCGCCCACAAAGGACAUCCUUGUGAAUGGUGUUGUUGUCAAGGUUAAGUAUUGCCAUACAUGCAUGUUAUAUCGUCCACCCAGAUGCUCCCACUGCUCUAUCUGCAACAAUUGUGUCGAGCGCUUUGAUCAUCACUGUCCCUGGGUCGGCCAAUGCAUUGGAAAGAGGAAUUACCGCUUCUUUUUUAUGUUUGUCUCCUCCACAACUUUGCUUUGUCUAUAUGUGUUUGCCUUUUGCUGGGUUAACCUCACGAAGAUAAUGGGCACGCAUGAAUGUAAUCUUGGGAAAGCACUUCUGAAGUCUCCAGUCUCUGGCAUUCUCAUCUUCUAUACGUUUGUCGUGGUUUGGUUUGUUGGAGGGUUGACGGCAUUUCACCUUUAUCUUAUCUGCACCAAUCAGACUACUUAUGAGAACUUCCGAUACCGCUACGACGGGAAGAACAACCCUUAUAAUCGAGGACUGGUUCAAAACAUUAGAGAAACCUUCGUCUCCGAAAUUCCCAGUUCCAAGAACGAUUUCCGAGCAAAGGUGAAAGAGGACUCUGCGGCCUUCACUUCCUCACACUCCAUGGGGCGGGUACUAAGCCCCGACAUGCCCAAAAGGAGCAUUGAUUUAGAGAUGGGGGUAAAACGCCAAACAGUGGCAGCAGAAGAGCUGGAAGAUUUACAAAGCCAGUUCGGAAGUGCUUCUGGGUUGGAGAGGUGCGGGCCCGAGCCUCCGCGCUUGGGCUUGGUGGGCCAGAAGGGGAAUAAUGAGAUUACUAACGAUAUAGAGGCAUUGGCUGCUGAGUUCGGAAUGGAGCAUGGAUUUACGGAUAGGAAAAAGAUCGAGGAACGUCCUUGAAUUAGUCGUACUUAGCCCGGCUAAAUAGGCAACUAAACUUGCUUAAGAUCGGACUGCGAAGAAGAGAGAUCUGAUUGCUAUUUCACUUUGCAAGUAGUUGGUGUUCUUGAUGACUCUUCCUCCCCUCAGGUGGUGUUUCAUGUGCAGAGUUGGAUUGUUUGUAAAGGUGAUGUGUUGUUGUAUGUUUAUGUUGCUUCGCCUCGCCCUCGUGGCGUUGUUGUUGGGGAUUUGAUUUGGGAAGGUUUUGUCACUGAUUUGUUGAUUAAUUCUCACUCUAACCGAGUGAUUAAAUUGGUUUUAGGGGGGGUGGAAUUAUUGUGCUCGAAACCUUGAUUCUCUUAUAGAGUCUACUUUGCUUCCAUUUGCUACCGUUCUCGGUAACUGGUUGACUUGUU